UCUUCUCUCUUUUGUGUCAUGUAAGUAUGGGUAGUCAUUGUUAAAGAAUUAUGAUGAUAGAUUUUGAUCUUUUUAAUGAAUUGUUUUAAUUGUAGGGGAAAUCUUUUGUCUUCUCCGUUGGAUUUUCAAUGGCAUUUGGUUCAAUGUUUACAAAAACAUACAGAGUUCACCAGAUAUUUACACACGUGAACAAUGGGAUCGUAAGAAACAAGGCAAGUUCAUUAUGAAAUAUUGCAGAGGAUGGUGUGUCUCUAAUUGGGUUUUUACUGUCUGAUGUUUAUGUUUACAGAUGCUGCACGACAAGCACUUGUUAAUGAUUGUAAGCGUAUUAGCAUUACUGGAUAUUCUAGCAACAGUCGCCUGGAUCCUGAUUGACCCCAUGUCCAAACAUGUCCGAAACCUAACAAAUGUGGAAUUGAUAGAAGAAGAGGACAUUUUGUAUGUCUAUCAGACAACACAGUGCGGCUCCGUACACAUGGAGAAGUGGCUUUCUGGGUUCUAUGCAUUUAAAGGCCUUCUGUUAGUGUUUGGCAGUUACAUGGCUUGGGAGACCCGCAACGUGAGCAUCCCGGCACUGAAUGACUCUCGCUACAUUGGCCUCAGUGUCUACAAUGUUGUCGUUAUGAGUGUUAUUGUAGUUAUAUUAUCCAAUAUUCUGUCUGAUGAACCAAUCCUUGCUGUGAUAUUGGAAAGCCUGUGUACUCUGGUCUCUACAACUCUUGUGAUUUGCUUCCUGUUUGUUCCAAAGGCAUAUUCCAUACUGAGAAGAAAACAAGGAUGUUUACCGUCUGCUCGUGGAAUUAUAGUAUCAGCUAACACGAGACGUUUUCCAGUGGAUGACAAACAAGAACAGGAAUUUAGAGCAGAAGUACAAAACAGGGCCUUCAAAAAAGAACUCAUUGAGUUAGAACACAAGGUUUCCAGAUUAGAAAGGUUGUUGGAAACAGAACCAAAGCCUUAUCCCGUUAUUUCAGAAGAUGUACUUUCUCUUCUUCCGGAGUCGCUUGUAGAUCAUUCGUCCGUGAUACCAUCUUACAAAAGAAAUUUGUCCGUUAGAAGCACUGAGCUCAGUAGCUUUGUCGAUGACGUGUCCUCGGAGUCUUCAGAAGAAAGUGUAUACUUGACACUGUUUCCUCCUCGUGUGAUCUUGUCACGGACACCUGUUGAACUAUGCAGACAAAACACAGAUAAAAACAAGGAUCUGGAAAGGAGAGGAACAGAUGUGUGGAAAAUCACACUAAAUAAAUUCAACGAUGUGGAAAAUCUGAUAGAGAUCACUGGGAUAGACGUCAAUGCUGAAUUGUAAUAAUAAAAUAAUAGAAA